AUGUUCCCCGUUGAAGAAGCUCCUUCUUCUUCCCCCGAAAAUCUCAUUCGCCGGAGGAACAAAAUGGAUUUCAUUGACUCGGAUGUAUACGAGAGGUUAGGACUUAUAAUAGAAGAGGGCAAACGAUUGAAAAAGCCACCGACAGUUCUGUCACGCCUCGCUUCGUCUCUGGAGAGAUCUGUGUUGCUCAAUGACGACGAUGACAAACUGGCUGAUGAAUCUCCAGAGAUGAAAGAGAAAGACUCUGUGGCCGUGUUCGACGGACUCUCUCGGCCUGAGAUCAGCAUUGGACACUACUUGGAUCGCAUCUUCAAGUACUCUGGCUGCAGCCCAUCCUGCUUUGUCAUCGCGCAUAUCUACAUUGACCAGUUCCUCCACCGGACCCGAGCUCUUCUCAAACCGCUCAAUGUCCACCGCCUUAUCAUCACGACUGUCAUGUUAGCCGCUAAAGUCUUCGAUGAUAGGUAUUACAACAAUGCAUACUACGCGAGAGUGGGAGGUGUGAGCACGAGAGAGUUGAACAGGUUGGAGAUGAAGUUGUUGUUCACCCUUGACUUCAAGCUUCAGGUUGAUCCUCAGACGUUUCACACGCACUGUUGUCUCUUAGAGAAACAUCACAGCGACGGAUUCCAGAUCGAGUGGCCGAUAAAAGAAGCAUGUCGAGCCAACAAAGAGACUUGGCAGAAGAGCACACCAGAGUCGGUCUGCUCUCAAACCACAGCACGCUGA